AUUGUGGGGCGCGGGCCAUUACAUAAACCCCACUUCAUCACGGCGCACCCUCUUCUCACCUUUUGCGCUCUGUCUGGCUUCAGCUCAACCCAAUCUCUAGGUUUCUGCAACCGCGUCCUAGCUCCCCAGGGCUCUUUACUAUAACUACAGCUCCCACUAUCUCUCGAUUCAACCACAAUCCAUAUUCACACUUUCACAGAGACUAAGGCAUCUGCUCCAUUGCUUCGCAGCUCGUCCCUCGCACCAAUACAACGAGAACUCCGACACGAGAUACGCGUCUAAACACUCAAUCAUGGGCAACAAAAGCCGACAGAACCGCCGUGAGCGGAAGCAGGCUCUGCAGCAGGCCGCACUCCACUCCCGAACCGAAAAGCUGGAUGCUACCAAGCCAUCCAUAGCUGCCGUCGCCAAUAUUGCUGCCGAUCUCGAUGGAGCGGAUAAGCGUGUACCGUCACCCGUCUUCAAUGAUGUGACUGCUACUUCUGUACAGAAGGAGGAACCCGCCAAUGCGGCAUCUACCGAUGACACCGCAGACCAGGCUGGAACACAAAAGACAAAGAAGAAGUUGUCAGGGGCUCAGCGCAAAAAGCGCAAGCAGGCCGAGAAGGCGAUGGAAGCCGUUAAGCAGCAGGCCGCUGGGGACGCUGCUCGUGCUUCAGCUGCCAUAUCCGCCCCAGUCGAAGUCAAUCCCAAGCGACUUGAGCGCCUUACAAAACAGCCCAAGCUCGUUGGCGCUAAGGAAGCACCGCACAAGAAGCGCGCAGCAAUGAAAUUCGCAGAGUCUAGCACUGCCCGUAGGCUCCUGUACGAGGGCUUCGAAGAGAACCUUAAGAAGUUCGAGAAGAAGAAGGUGGCUGCCACGGUUGCAGCUGCGCCGGCGGCCAACGACUACGUUGACGAGGACAAAGAGGACGAAGACUCUUCAUCGCGGUCGCUUGCGACCAGCUGUCUAGACGCAGAGAGCGUGUUCCAAUUCUUGGAAGAACCCGAUAACUCGCAGGUUGCCUCCCGCAAUCUGGAGUCCGAUGGUGUUCAGGACCUUGAAGCUGCCUGCUACGUCUACGAGCCGCAUGCGGAGCGGCGCGAGGUGAACCAAAGCUAUGAAGCAGAUGAGGAGCUCAAGUCGCCCGAAGAUACCGACGACCGUCCACGACAGACAUCUCCUCCGUUGCCGGGAACCGCCUUCGACUUUCGCGCAGAUGUGCCGCGACGUAGCGCCACCAUUUCCAACUGCAGCUCGCAGAAGUGGACGCUGGAUCUUUCUGCUUCCGCGCUAUCCUUGGCUAGCUUCUCUAGGCUUACCUCGAAAGCUUGCGAGCAGACGAAGACUGCGCAACAGUCUAAUAGCUCGUGCGGUGACGAAUCUCAGCCCAUCGAUAAAUCGACUCCUUCCACCGACGACGAGGAAUCUUCGAGCCAAGCCACCUCUGAGGGCGCUAGCAGCAACGCUAGCAGCAACAAAGUCACGAUAAUUGCGAACCUCGGGCCGGUGGUCUUCGGCCCUGAUCCGCCCCCGAAGAUGGUGGUCAUCAAGGUGGUGGACGAGAAGCUCCAGGAGACCAUCCGCUCCUUGUAUGAUCAUCCCACAAACAUGGUCUUCAAGAAACUGGCAGCUUGGGUGAUCCACGAAGCAGCUUCUUUGCGCUAUGCCGAGAACAAGCAUAAGCUGUUUUCUAACGGCUGCGGAGCGAUCACUCUCUUCCGCCCUGGUUGGGGGCCUGAGGCUAUUGUCGUCUCUAGCAUGGGGACUGACCUUGCGGAAAACACCACUAUGGCUCGUCGCCCCAAGAAGCAGGCUUUGUACAGUAAUACUUCCAUUGGUGGCCCUUCUCCGGCGGCUCAUCUCGAUCCGAGCUGUCUGGCAUUGAAGGUAAACGUCGAAGUUACGGUUGAGGCCGGGUUGUCCGUCAACGCUAUUUGGGCUUUGAAAGAGAUGAAGUCGAAGCAGAAUAACCAUGAACGCUUCGAUAAUCGAUUGGCUCCUGAAGACACUUUCAAACCUCAGGAAAAAUCUGUCCUCUCCAGCGAGGACCGGAUUGUUCAUUCCCCCUCAACGCAGGCUAUGGUCGGCGAAGACAUCGGAGACUUCAAUGACGAGCCCACUGCAGACCCCCCUGAACACUCGGAGCGAUGCGCUUCUGAUAAGCUCCUCACUUGGGAACGCUCAACUUUGCGUUCUCCGGUGCCGUCCGAGACCGGAUCUGAGGGCUUCAAGGGAACUACGUCCGAUUCUACACCGCAGACCACCCCAUCUCGUUCUCCACGCAAUGAACUCACGCAUGCCGUAGAGCCCGCUUCUGUCAACGACCUCUUUGGUGUUCGAGCUGUUAUUUGUGGCUUGUCUGAGGUUACCCACGUGGACCUGGAGAACGUGGCCCCGAAAGCUGGCGUGAAUGUCGACACGGUUCGCAUCCUGCCAGAUCAACUUGAAGAGAUGCAGACUUCUGUGGACGGUCCUUACGAGGACCUGCGAAAGCUUUCGCGGGAGCUGAGCAAGCAAUUUCUGCAGGAGAAGUGCGAGCAACUGCAAAAUGUGGCUCUUACCCUGAACCUUAAGUUCAAGGAGAAUAUUGCUUCUGUGCAGGCUCAGACGGUUACACACUCUGCGGAAGCCCCUAUCGGAGCACAGGAUAUCAAACACGCCAUAAACGAGAUCGAGGGGAUCGAAAAUGAGUUAGUUGACACGACUGAUCUAGACACAACGUCAACAUCUGAUCCAUCCGAAUACGACUUCGCAGGAGAAUUCUCACCCACCGCUGGUGAUUGGGCGAUGGAGCUCUCCGGCACCUUUAUCAGCACCCAGUCCCUCAAGAACUUCUUCCUAGCCCUGGAAGUCGACGACUGCGGCACCACGACAAAACGUGACGUAAUUACCGCCUUCAUACAGCUAGUCCAAGCAGACCGUGCCGCGCGCAACGAGCAACCGCUCCCUAAGGCUGCUCUGACCCCUGCUCCUUUUAUUAAGAGCGCGGUCCUUCGCCAUACCACUAAGCUCGGAAUCAUCUCGCUCCAGUCUUUUCUUGAUCGCCUGGCCUUCGACGAAGAAGAUAGGAUUGGGGAUGAGAUAGUGUUCCAGGCUUUUAAGGACGCUAGCGCAGAAGAGAAGGCGGUGUUAAAGCAGUGCUGCACUGGCAAGCUUGGGCGUCUUGGACCUCGUCUUGGGCGUAUCUAAGGCCAUUGAACGGCACUACGUAUACGUAGCGGAGAUUUUUAUCUACUUCCGAUUCUGGAUCUCAUCCAUCGACUUCUCCCAGAUAAUCGUUCCGGAGUUGCGCCAAGUCCGGUCCUGGCUUUUAUGCUCGCCCUCCCCCGCCCUUUCUUUCGAUAUCCUCCAAGGCCACCGACAAGAUACUUUUUGCGUCAUUUUGAGCCAGCAAUUCUGCGCAAUAUACUCCAAGCACGAUACCCCAAUCAGUGGGAGACAGGAGGCCUUCCUUCUUUCGAAUAGGUUCUCGUCUUCUGUGGGGUAGGCUCUAGGCCUUUGGCGUGCUUGGUAUAAUUAUGCUGGUCUAUGACUAAGGGCAAGUUAUAAGGAUGGGUUAGCGAGAAAAGCAUUGAAGCAGGAGAGCGGA